AUAAAAAUCCACCAAAACUCUCCCUCUCACCCUCCUCCAAAACCAAAAAAGUAUACUCUCUCUCCCGUGUGUGUUGUGUGUGAAGGGCUUUGUCUUGGCAAAAAGAUACCAAAAGGUACGUCCGAUGUAUUUCUAACAGAAGCACACAACUUCAUCGUUCAUCACCACCUCUCUUUCUCUCUCUGUGAAACCACGCACUACAGUUUCAGGUCAAAAGGUAUUUGAAUUAUGCUGGCAUGGUUCAGGGAUAUGGAACUCCAAUGUGUUUAGGAUUGGAGGGUUUUUAGAUGGGUAUUUGAGAUCGAUCAUUGGUCUUGUUGUUGUGUGGUGAGAGAUGGAGAGUUCUGGUGAGCUGAACACGAAGGCUAUCGAUCCGUCUGUUGGCGGGUUGGUUUGGGUCCGGCGUCGAAACGGGUCGUGGUGGCCGGGUCGUAUAUUGGGUGCUGAUGAAUUGCCGGAAAGUUGCUUGGUGUCACCAAGGUCGGGUACUCCGGUGAAGCUUCUAGGGAGAGAGGAUGCAAGCGUAGACUGGUAUAAUCUUGAAAAAUCUAAACGGGUGAAGCCAUUUCAUUGUGGGGAGUUUGAUGAGUGCAUUGCAAAAGCUAAGGCUUCUGAAGCUAAUUCUUCUAAGAAAGCAGUGAAAUAUGCUCGGAGGGAAGAUGCCAUUAUUCAUGCUCUUGAGCUCGAAAGUGCUCGCCUAUCUAAAGAUCAACCUGACCUUUGCUCAAGAAUGGAUAAAUCAGGUGGUGAACAGCUUAAUCUUGCGUCGCCGAUCUUAUUUCAUCCUGGCAAACAAGAUGAGCAUGUUGCUGAGGAACUGAGUAGUUUUGAAGAUAAUUCAAAUUCAGGGCAGGAAUUGUCUCAAUCUGGCGUAUCAUUUGAAGAAACUAAUCAGAUCAAUGCUUCUAUGGAGCAUUCUGUGCAGGGAAGAAAACGCAGAACCCCAAAUGAUUCAGAGGAUGAUGGAAUGGAAGGAAUAAAGCGUAUGAGAGGACUUGAGGACCUGGGAAUAGGUGUAGUGUCAUCAUUGAAAAGGAAGAGAUCUCAAGUGGCCAAGGUUCAAGAGUUCUUGAAAAGAAAAAAUCGCCGUCGUCCACUGACUAAGGUUUUAGAAAGUACAGCUAUGGUGUCUGUUCCAGUUAUGUGUGAACAACUUGCCAGUCCAAGUGGAUCACCUCUCACGGGAGUAUCUGACAGCAAGGUUUCUGGAUUAGAAUCUAAUGAAUCAAAGAGAAGUUUUUCAGUGGUAAUUAAUAAUAACUCGGAUAGUACUGGAGUUUCAUGUGAGAAUGGAACCUCACUAAGUGCUUCUGAUCAUGCUUUCGAUGCUUCCCUUAUUAAACAGAAGGAGAACGAAAUUUCCAGCAUGUUGGGCCUACCUGAGAAUGAUUUUUCUGACAUGUUAUUUGAUGUGCCAUUUGUUGGGGAGGAAAAACACAUUGCAGGCUUUGUUAGUUCAUCUCAAAAGCCUCAGUUUGCUGCUGGAGCGCAAUCUAGUCAAAGCAGUCAAGUUGAAACUGUAUAUUUGGGAAAUGAGGAGUUUAAUGAGUCUGGUUCAACCAGUUCAGGUGCUGCUGAUGUUAACAAUGCUAGCCAGGGGAUAGAUAAAAGUACUUCAAGGUGGCAGUUGAAAGGAAAGAGGAACUCAAGACAUACAACGAAAAAUAGAAAACAUGAUUCAAGAAGAUCUGUUGAUCUGGAUGAUGAAUCCAAUGCUUAUUUGGCAGGUAUUGGUUCUGGUUGGGAGGUUGAUUGCACUCCAGUUGGUGGGUCCCUCGCUUCAGAUAGUUGUGCUUAUAGAGCAAAGCCCAGACCUGUUACAGAGACCCAGGUUAACGAGUUCCAGGGUUGGAGCAGGCAUAUGCCUCACAAGGAACCUCAGAGGGGGCCAAUGGCUGAGAUAAAUCUUUUGUCUGAUUGGUCGCCGACCCCCCAGAGGUCACUGCCCUAUCGUCAGUCCCGUUUUACAGUUAACCCAAAAUAUAAUUCGUCAGAUUUUUCUGUCAGAAAUUAUGGUGCUGUUUCCUCCUUGUAUGAAGUUAAUCUGGAGGUGCAAUCCAGCUAUCGACCUCAGCAUGUUCCAUAUAUUUCUCUAAUGAGCAAAUUGAAUGGUCGACCAAUCACAGGUCAUCCAAUUACAAUUGAGCUUUUAGAUGAUGGCUUUUGUGAUCUUCUAAUUAGCGGUCCAGAAGGCUACCUGACCAGUAGCAGCUGUGAGUUUGAUGACGAUAUGGAAGAAAAUAUGUCUACUUUGGAAGGUGUUGAUAUGGGCAUUGAAUUGAAGCCAAAGCUGGGAAGUGGAAAGACUCCUACCAAGCAUCAGAAAUUGCAGCCACGUGUUUCACCGAGUAAAUCAUCCAAGACAAGGAAAAACGGGCUCUUAUCUAAUAAGAAGAUCCGGAAACUAUCUUCACUAACUGGUUCUGACAAACAAAGCAAAGAAGAGAAGAAACCGGUGAUAGAGAAGCUCAAGGGCCCUGCUCUUGCUUGUGUUCCCUUGAAAGUAGUGUUCAGUAGGAUAAAUGCAGCACUGAACCGUUCGAUACGACCAGCUUACCACCGUGUUGUGACAUCAAGCAAUUCAUGAAAUUUGUCCCUCCAAACAUAGUUGCUGUAGCUGGAAAUUUCCCCCUUCUGGUCUGGUAGGGAUUUUGAUUCGAUUAGACAGGCCUAGUUUCGACAUUCUUGGUAUAAUCGGGCUCAGUUUUCAGCACUGUACAUUCUGCCUAAAGGUAGAAGAAUUCCCCAUUGUAUAACAAUGUCAUGCCAUUUCAUGUUCUGUUGGAAGUGGUAGGGAGAGGAGACGAUCAAGGUAGGCAGAUCUUGCCGUGUACAUAGUGUAACAUUAGUUGAGUUGUAAAGAUGGUGAUCUGAUAUUGGAUCUGGAUGAUCUGAUGUCAAGUUUUAGUUCCUGAACUUAGUUGUUCGGACGCUUAAUAACUUAAACAUCCCAAUCUUCCAUGGUACUGUUGGGUGGAAGCUCUUAGUUUUUUUAUUUUAAUUAUUUUUUACUUUCAAAUACAAUUUCGGGCUUUCAUGUUGAUUGAUUUCUUGGAAAUUGAUUUCUUGCAUGUUGCAAGUUAAAAUAUGAAUUGGGUUUUAUGUCUUCUAUUAA